AUGCCAACUCAAUUGCCACGUGUAACACCUAAUGUAAUGCUUUCUUUAGAACUCAAAUCCGAUCAAAUCCCUUACCAUCUUCCAUCUUCACCUGCUCUAAUGUUGUCUUCUCCGGCCCCGUCGCUGUCUUCUUCGGCUCCAGCGAUGGCCCUGAUCUACAGAGAAGAUGAAGAUGGUGGGAGCGGAAGUGGGUAUCAUCACGAAAGAGGCCCGCGCUUAGGUGGUGAUGUUUUUGUCGAUUUGAUCCAUCCUAAAGCAAUCAAGGAGCUGAAAGUCAUCGUCGAUCGGAUGAUUAGGUCCGGCUAUGAAAAAGAGUGUUGUCAGGUUUACAGUAACGUCCUGCCUGAUGUCUUAAACGAGUGUUUAUCCAUUCAAGGAGUUGAAAGGCUUAGUAUUGAAGAAGUACAGAAAAUUGAAUGGAAAAUUUUGGAUGAGAAAAUGAAGAAAUGGAUUCAAGCAAUUAAAAUCGUGGUCAAGGUUCUUCUUUUUGGGGAAAAACGAUUAUGCGAACAAGUUUUCAGUGAAUCCGAACUUAUCAAAGAAAUUAGUUUCGUUGAAACAACAAAAGGAUGUGUGAUGCAGCUGUUGAAUUUUGGGGAAGCAGUUGCAAUUGGGCAAAGAUCUUCAGAAAAACUCUUUCGAAUUCUCGACAUGUAUGACACGGUUGCAGAUGUUUUCCCUGAUUUUGAAUUUCUUUUCACUUAUGAAUCUGGAGAAUUAGUCUGCAACGAGGUGAAGGUGGUUUUAACCGGCAUAUAA